AUGUCUAAUCCAGCUUGUUCCAAUCUCUUCAACAAUGGAUUUGACAAUACUAACUUCAACUAUUCCACUUCUCUCUCUUACAUUUACAACUCUCACAACAGCUUCUAUUACCCUAAUACCACAAACCCUAGUUACAUGACUCCUCUUCCUAAUCCUACUUCUUCCACUUCCCCUAACUCACCUCCACUCAGAGAAGCUCUUCCUCUUCUUAGCUUAAGCCCCAUAAGGCGCCAAGAACAGCAAGAUCAAAACUAUUUCAUGGACGCGGAAUAUCAGAUCAGCUCUUCAAACUUUCUUGAUGAACCUCACGUAACUGUGGAUCUUAAUCUCGGGCUGCCAAACUACGGUGGUGGUGGGAGCACUGGGAGUUUCAUCGCUGCUCCCGAAGUUACCACCGAAGAGCAAGAUCGUGAUCAAGGAGUAGAAGUCACAGUUGAGUCCCACGUUCAUGAUGAUGAUGAUCAUGGAGAUCUACACAGAGACCAUCACUAUUGGAUCCCUACUCCUGCUCAGAUUUUGAUUGGUCCUACACAGUUCUCUUGUCCUCUCUGCUUCAAGACAUUCAACAGAUACAACAACAUGCAGAUGCACAUGUGGGGACACGGCUCACAAUACAGAAAGGGACCAGAGUCGUUAAGAGGAACCCAACCAACAGGAAUGCUAAGACUACCAUGCUUCUGCUGUGCACCAGGAUGCAAGAACAACAUCGACCACCCUCGAGCCAGGCCUCUCAAGGACUUUCGAACACUCCAAACGCAUUACAAGCGCAAACACGGGUCUAGACCUUUUGCUUGUCGCAGGUGUGGCAAGGCCUUUGCUGUGAAAGGAGAUUGGAGAACGCAUGAGAAGAAUUGUGGUAAGCUUUGGUAUUGCUCAUGUGGCUCGGAUUUUAAGCACAAGAGAUCGCUUAAAGACCACGUCAAGGCUUUUGGGAAUGGUCAUGUCCCUUAUGGAAUUGAGAGCUUUGGCGGAGAUCAUGAGGACUACUAUGAGGCUGCUUCUGAUAUCGAGCAACAAGAUGAAUGCAACAACAAUAACUGUUGA